UGAGAGGGAAGGAGAUCUGGUUGUAAGUCUUCUCUCACGCGAUGUCAGCCAAGUAAGUGAAGUCAGAGCGAAAGUCAAGGUUGGCCCUGCCAGACUGGACUACGUCAUUGUGGAGGAGGCGCUGCCAAUGGAGCUCGGACGCGUCCGACCAUUCGCUGGCACAGGGCUGGGGGAUAUCCCGACAUCCAGACUGGAUCUGAUGUCGGUCUAUUUACAUUCUCCACCGGAUGGAUCUAUAACAAGUCGAGGCUGGUUGUUGAGUGGACUGUUUGGCUGCAUCCUCUUGUUCUCCGUCAUUCACAGCGGAAAUCCGGGGCUUGGCGUGGAUGCCGGAUGGCGGACUUGAAAUUUGAUACAACGAAAGAUAAGGCUGACCGUGUAAUAGCUGACUAGUAGCAAUCAUCAUUGGAAAAUC